AUGAGGGGGGCCCCAGAUUUAUCGCGGCCGGUCCACCCUCGACCCGGCUCUUUGGGAAAUUGUAAAUAUUCACAGGGACGAUAUCACUGGCCCGUUUUUCCAACCUGUCGCCGGAGCGACUUCCAGCUGUGUCGCCAGGUUAACGAAUCGCCUCUCCAGCGUGCAGUAGAUAGUGUCUCUGUGCUUGUGAUAUCUUGCCAGCAGCUCCCGGCCUACUCUAGUCCACACUGGACUGGUACAGUCCCAAAUACAGGAGAAGCUAGACACCAUCGGAACCCUGCCUUUGGCCGUAAUAGGGGUCGUCCCGAGGGAGUCCUGUACGUGACGAGAGUCCUGCUGAAGAGGUCCUUGCGAAGAGGUUCUGACGAAGAGGGUGCUAUGAUUCUAUUAGCUGUUUGUCCCUCCUCUCCUAACUUCUUCCUCCUUCGCCUUAUGGUCUAUCAAUGUCUAAUCUAA